AUGUUGCAGCCGCGGCGGCCGCUGCUCGGCCUGCUCGCCCGUUGCGCCCGGGCCUUCCGCCUGGGCCCCCGGCCGCCUCCAUCCGCUUCUCCUAAAGGCGGCGAGGCGGGGCGGCGCGGCCUGCUGGGCCUGCUGGCGCGGCAGUGCGGCUGCGUGAGCGGGCAGCGGGCGCGAAGGGCGCGGAGGGCCUGGCAGCUCGGCGGCGGCGGCAGCGGAGCGGAGGGGGCGCGGCGGGGAGGAGAAGGAGGCGGCGGGGGGUGGGGUGAGUGGUGGUGGUGGUGGCGGGGGGGGCCGUUCCGCGGUCGCCCCGCCCUCGCCGCCGCCGCCGGCCGCCUCAUGGCCACCCUGGCCGGGGUCUUCGUCUGGGACGGGCAGCGCAUCGAGGAGGAGGAGCUGCAGCGCUCAGCCCAGGAGAUGCAGCGCAUGCAGAACUUGGCCGUCCCGCUGCAGGGGGGGGGCUCUGGGUGAACCCCCCCUCUUGACCCCCCGUCACAGCGGGAUGCUGCGUCAGCCCCCGGCGAGCAGCCCUGGGAGAUGGUGAUGGACAAGAAGCAAUUCAAGCUGUGGCGCCGUCCCAUCGAAGGCACACAUCUCUACCAGUACCGAGGUGACCCCCCCUGCCCCAUC